GCAGCAGCAGCAGCAGCAGCAGCAGCAGCAGAAAAAGCAGAGCAGCUCUCUGUUUGCUGCUGAAAGGACGGCUGAGAGGAUUUAAAGAGGAAAAGCUGCGCAGAAACACAGCAGACUGAGUGUGUUCUCAGCUGGAGGACAAUCAAAGAGACUGCAUCCGAAAACACACAGUUUACAGUUAGACUUUUUCAACCAAUCGAGGGCGAGCGAGGACCCGGAUCUGGGUGUUAAAACAUGGGAGACCAGAGAUCCGUCCAGCCCUUCCUGGUCCUGCUGCUGCUCCUGAUGCUCCUCAACAGACUGUCUCAGCUGUGGGCUUUUCCCUUCAGCCCGUCCCUGGACCUGGACGUCACUCCGAGGACGACUGUCUUCUCCAAAGGUAUGCUGGGGAGCUCUCGUUUCACCGGCUCGUCCCUGAACUACAGCACCCUGCUGCUGGAGGAGGAUGUGGGGCUGCUGUACGUAGGAAGCAGAGGAUCCAUCUACGCUCUCAACACCUCCAACAUCUCCACACCUGCAAACCUCAGCAUUGAUUGGGAUGCUUCCCCUGAACAGAAGAAGCAGUGUCUAAGCAAAGGCAGAGACAAUCAGACAGAGUGUUACAACCACAUCCGUUUUUUGCAGCGAUACAAUGAGACUCACCUGUACGUCUGUGGAACCAACGCCUUCAAACCUCUCUGUGCUUAUAUAGAUGCAGAGCGGUUCAGCUUCUCCUCCGGGUUUGAGGAGGGCAGAGACAGAUGUCCAUACGACCCCGCAAAGGGAUACACCGGCCUCCUCAUAGAUGGUGAGAUGUUCACGGCUUCUCAGUACGAGUUUCGCAGCUCACCAGACGUGCGGAGAAACUUCCCCUUCCCCACGCUCAGGACGGAGGAGGCUCCCACCCGGUGGCUUCUGGAGGCAGAUUUCGUGGGCUCAGUGCUGCUGAAGGAGAGCAUCAACAGCUCUAUCGGUGACGAUGACAAGAUUUACUUCUUCUUCACCGAGAGGAGCCAGGAGCAGAUCGCCUACCCGAGCCAGACCAAGGUGUCCAGGGUUGCCCGAGUCUGCAAGAACGACUGGGGAGGCCAGAGGACCUUGCAGAGGAAGUGGACCUCCUUCCUCAAGGCCAGGAUGGUUUGUUCGGUCCCAGAAUACGAGCUGCACCUCAAUAUCCUGCGUGAUGUGUUCGUCCUGCAAGGAAAAGACGCCCAGAGCAGCAUUUUUUAUGGCGUCUUUGGACUGGAAUGGAAGAAUAUCAAAGCAUCUGCUAUCUGCCAGUACGCCUUCUCAGAUGUACAGAAGGUUUUCGAAGGGCCCUACAUGGAGGUGCAGGACUCAAAGUGGAGGGAGUAUACAGGAAAAGUUCCAGAGCCAAGACCUGGAUCUUGUAUGACAGAUCUGCACAGGUCUCAGGGCAUCAACUCAUCUCGAGACCUUCCAGACAAUGUCCUCACCUUCGCCAGAAGACACCCACUGAUGGCUAACCAGGUGCACCCAAUGGGUGUGCGUCCGCUAAUGUUCAAGAGGAGCGUCAACUACGUCAAGAUAGCGGUGCACAAGGAGCCAGCACUAGAUGGAAACAUUUACACCGUUCUGUUUUUGGGAACUGAUGACGGAUGGCUGCACAGAGCUGUGGACAUCGAUGGAGAAAUGCACAUUAUAGAGGAGCUGCAGAUGUUUGAUGACCCGCAGCCAAUAGAGAGCAUGGUCAUCUCCUCAACUCUGAGGAGCAUCUACGUUGGCUCGUACUCUGGAGUCGUGCAGGUGCCAAUGUCAACCUGUCGGAGGUACACUUCCUGUUACGGCUGUGUGUUCGCCAGAGACCCGUUCUGCGGCUGGGAUGGCAAAGUGUGUGUGGAAGUAUCCUCCCGUGCACAGAGGUCAAACCUCACCCAGGAUAUCUUGAGAGGAGUCAGAGGCUGUAAGGAGAAUUCGGGAAACGUGGUCCAUCGGAGGCGUUCGGUGAUGUCCGGUGAUGACGUGCUGCUCCAAUGCGAACUGCGCUCCAACCUGGCGACUCCACGCUGGACGCUGAACGGGAAGGAGCUCCAGGGAUACGGCCUCAACUCGGGCUACCGCAUCGGCACAGACGGCCUCCUUAUAAUCGGAGCUCGCGCCCAACAGAGCGGCUCCUAUCGCUGCUUUGCCGUCGAGAACUCCAUGUCGGUCCUGGUUUAUUUGUACACUGUACGGGUUCACACGGAUCCCUACUUUCCCGUGGAGCCCACAGUCACAGCAGACCCCACGACGGUGGCCAGUCCGACUGUUCUGUCCACCAGCGGCCCCACCGAGCAGCCUCUGCCUUCGCCUCCCGCCCCGCUCCCUCCAGGACCGGCGUUCCAGACCUACAGGCACAUGGAGGCCGUGUACAUCUCCCUGGUGGCGGUCCUCGGAGGGCUUUGCCUGGUGCUGACUGUGGUGCUGCUGUACGUGAGCUUCUGCACCAGACGGGCCUCUCAGGACCGCAAGUUCUCCCAGCAGGGUCUGCAAGUUCUGGGGGCCUCUGAGAGGAAGAGAAGCUCCCACCUGGAACUCAAAACCAUCUCCAGCCACUGCAACGGGCGCCAGGGUCGUCGCUCCAUCUCGGUGCCGACCUUCGGGGACAUCGGCGACGGCUUCCUCCAGAUAGUUCCAGGCGAGGGGCAGCUGUCUCCAUCCAGGACGCCUCCCCCAGCUCCUCCUCUUCCCAUGCCGCCUCCGCUUCCCAACAUGGACUACGUCAACGGGCUGUCGGCCACUCUGCCCAGCGUCCUGCGGAAAAUGAACGGGAACAGCUACGUCCUUCUGCGGCAGGCCGACCCCGACGGCAUGUCGCCGCUCUACCACUCCUUCACAGAGGAACUCAACAGGAUCCUGGAGAAGAGGAAACACACACAGCUGGACCUGCAGCCUGAUGAGAGCUCCAUCUAGGACGCCUCCUCUCAGCUAUCGUCCCAACACUUAUUUAUUUUCACCCCAUAGUCGUGGGGACUGUCGUAAGAAACGCUGCUGUUAUUUAACCCAGUGUCAGAGUACCUGCAGGUCGUGUCCUAAACCUGAUCUGAAGUGUUCAGCCUCCUGUUCCUCCCAUGAUUUCACUCUCAACACAGACGGACAACGCUAACCAGAGAUUCAAAAAGUGGAGCUGUGACAAAUUUAUCGGCUUAUUGAGUAGGGAGCUCAGUGAUGUAACCUCAGGCUUGUCAACGAUGGUCAGAUGGCACAAAAAGGCAAAAGAUGCAACAUUGGACCUUGGUAAUAAGAAAUAAAUCAGGCCAGGGGGCGAACAAGCAUUUUUAAGACUGUGGAAGUCUUCAAAAAGUAUUUGUUUCAUGCAAUAUUCUACGGAGCUUGAAGUGAUACUCCAUCCAAACUGUAUCUUCUGUUGCUAAACAUUAGGCUGCUGUGGAAUAAUUGAAAACUACUUAACAUGUCCAACCUGAGAACUCGACCUUGUUCCUGUCUGGACUGGACUGGACUCAUCAACUACUGUACAAUAAGACCUUUAGCGAGGCUCACGGUGAAAAACAACACCUCACCUGGCUCCAUUUCUGUGAGAAGUUCUUUGGGAAAGGAUGGCUGUUCAUGAUUACAAAUAUGUUGCACAAUCGUCAUGCUUUGGAGAGGAACCAGUGGCUCAUAAGGAGGCAUACCCACUUCUCUGUAUGUAAUAAUGCCAAAUCUUCAGUCUUUUCCUAUACAUGCACUAAUCUACCAAACUAAAGGACUACUAAAAGACCUGUCCAAACUGUAUCUCCUUCAACAAGCUCAAAAUGAAGCAGUGCAUUUAUCUGUAUUGUCACAAAGGCAUUGUGUUUGCAAAAUAUUGAGCCUAUGGACGGACAAGGAGAAGCGAUUAUGCUGCAGAAAUGGUUUUUGAGUGGUUUUCUACAGUGAAAAUCCAUUGCAGGGCUGCAACCAAUGAUUAUUUUCCUAAUUGAUUAUUCAUUUUCAGAAAGGUAGUGAAAAUGCCUGUCAUAAUUCCUCACAUUUCCAAAUCGGAAACCUGUCACUGUUGGACAUUUUUGCUCCUCGAUCAAUUUCAGCUAAUCACUGAGACAGCUGUCUGUUAACCCUCUGAACUCCAACCAGUUUCUGGAUGUUUUUACUCCCAUUUUUCAGAGCAGUAUGAAGUUCUGCAUCUCUAUGGAAACAGCACAACCAUGAUUAGAAAUAGAGAAAACUCAAAAAGGUCCUCUGUGUAGUACAGAAAAGUUAUAUUGUCAUAAAUCAUAAAAAAAUAAAAAUACAUUUUAUUGUACGAAAAGUGAAAAAACAACAACUUGGAAACACCAUGUAAAACAUUUUCCCCAAGUGCCCAAAAGUGUUUAGAAACACUGGAAAACACCAACGACUCUGCAUCCUGUAGAUAUUUUAUUAAUUUUUACAUUUUAAAAAGUGUUCCCAUACUUGUUUGUUAUAUACUGUGUGUAAGCACUGCCUGCAUUUCAACCCAGUUCACCUGAAAACUCCCUGAAUUUUUGCCACGUAACUGUUGACUCCAGCUGAGUCACGAUUACUUUCACAUUUGCGCUACAGAGCAUAUAAUUUUUUAGUUUUCACAGAUUUUAGUUCGACCGAAGUGGUUGUUUUUGGUGCUUGUUUAAAUCAGACGCGUUGGUAAAAUAGUUUUGAUGAAAAAUCACAAUUUUAAUCAUAGAUUUGGUUAAUUUCCCAAACCAAAUGGCACUUUCAGAAAGCUGAAAAUCCAAUUAUUCUUUCUGUUUUGACACCGUUUGGCUCUUAAAAGUGCUUUAAUUUCACACAACAUGGGGUUCAGAGGGUUAAGCAGCCAGCUAUGAUUGUUAGAAGAACAAAAAUAUAGACUUUGGUUGGAGUGUCGCUUUAGGAAUCCAGUUUUGAUACAGUGCAGAGAGCGCAGGUGUUCAGACAAAUCAUGCAUUUCAACGUAUUUAUUUCAACCACUCUUUCUUCAUUUCCCUUCAUGUAAAUAGCAAUAAGUACAUCACUGUCGCAGCUGUUAGUAGCAACGUGUUGUGCCAAUGAAAACACCUGUAGCAAA